AUGUGGCUGUUGCUUCUGUCUGGGGGCGUGUUUUCUUCCUGUCAUUGCGGCAUGUGUUCUUCGUCAGAAGGUCACAGCGAAGUAUUCUCUGGGGGAGGGUUUGUGCUGUACGUGCCUGGCCGCCUGCUGCUGCACAUGCUGCUCAGCCUGCCAGACGCAUCACGAGCUCACACUCCGUGGCGCGUACCCUGGUGGCUGCUGCUGCCCACCAAUCACUCGUUCAAUGCGCUAGAGUGUGGUGCGUUGGCGUGGCUGGUGGUGUUUGACCUGAGAAGAUAUAUCUACCCCAUUAGUGGAUUUUUUUGUUCUGUAUUUGGGCAUGGGAGGGUAAUUUGA